AUGCCUUUGCCUGAACUCCCAUUCACAGUGCCUGUUGAGCACAUCAACCCUCCCAAAAUUGGCCAAGGCGGUUAUGUCGGACUGAAACCACACUCAGAAGUCCUUCCAGCUGGUUGGAAAUUCGAUCAUCCCCAUGCCAAGCCCUUGUCCUCAGACAUCCUCGUUGAGCAUGAUGUUGCGUUCAAAAUGAGAGAUGGGGUCACGCUCUAUGCUGAUGUCUAUCGACCGCCGAAUACCGAUGAGCCUGUCCCGGCAAUUAUCUGCUGGUCACCCUUCGGAAAGAAGUUCAAUGGUCUCAUGUCGUUAGAUCUCAUGGUUCCAUGGAAUCUUGGCAUUCCACCAAACACCCUUUCUGGUACUGAAAAGUUCGAGGCUCCUGAUCCUGCUGAUUGGGUGCCCCGCGGCUACGCUAUCGUCAAUGUUGACUCUCGUGGGUCAGGCGAUAGUGAAGGAACCAUGGUUAUCAUGGGUAGACAGGAAGCCGAAGACGGAUAUGAUGCUAUUGAAAGCACUGCGAAGUUACCGUGGUGCAACGGCUCUGUCGGACUAGCUGGCAACUCACAUCUCGCCAUCGUCCAAUGGUUUAUCGCGGCUUUACAGCCCCCCAGUCUCAAGGCAAUCGCUCCUUGGGAGGGCUGCGGCGAUUUAUACCGCGAGCAAUUCGCCCGUGGAGGUAUUUAUGCCGGAGACCUGUUCGACAAGCUCAUCGUCAAGUAUAUGCUGCAAGGUCACAAGGGCAUUGAGAGUUUCCGAGAGAUGUUCAAGCAACAUCCUCUUGCUAAUGACUGGUGGAACGACAAGCGCCCGGACAUGAAGAAGAUCAACGUUCCCACAUACAUCACAGGUACCUGGACAAACACAAUGCACGGCAUGGGUGCUAUUCGGGGGUGGCUUGAAGUCGAUACACCUCACAAAUGGCUCCGGUUCCAUCCUUGGCAAGAGUGGUAUGACAUUUGGGGGAAUAAGCAGGCGAACGUCGAGCUACUAGACUUCUUUGAAUAUUUCCUCAAGGGUAAGGAUAAUGGCUGGAACAACACACCUAAAGUCCGUAUGGGUGUGUUACGGUUCGGAAAGAAGGAACCCCAAUCGUACGAGAAUGUUGUUGAGGAGGAUUUCCCCAUUCCCAGGACAGACUACAAGAAGCUUUAUUUCACCAAAGGUGGCGAGCUUUCUCUUGAUAAGCCAACAGAGUCAGCAUCAGUCAGCUACAACUCCGAGACAGACGAUCAAGUCGGAUUCACAUUCCGUUUCAACGAAACAACUCGAUUAGUCGGUUUACCCAAGGCAGUGGUGUACAUGUCCUGUCCUGACUACGACGAUAUGGAUGUCUAUGUCACCCUCGAGAAGCUAGACGCCGAUGGAAAGGUCAUGUUCAAUCUUAACAUCCCCUGGAAGGGCAUUCCGAAAUCAUCAUUCGAAGAGAUGGACCCCAAGGAGAAGAUAGAAGUGGUAAUAUACCGUGGCCCUAUGGGUGUUCUCCGAGCAUCUCAUCGCGAAAUCGACGAGAACAAGAGUAUGCAUCCACACUGGCCUUUCCACCCCCACGAGAAGGUCGAGAAGGUCAAGGCAGGGGAUAUCGUCAGGCUUGAUAUUGGCAUCUGGGCUAUGGGAAUUGAGUAUGAAGCUGGCGAGUCUAUCAGGGCGGUUGUGAGUGGACGUAAUAUUGGUGUUAGCAAUUUUGGAAGUGUGGAGCAUUUGGAUAACAAGGGGAAGCAUCAUGUUCAUUGUAGUCAGGAUCACGCAAGUCAUGUUAUUCUGCCUUUUAUUUGA